AUGGAUGAUUUCGAAAACGAUCCCGAGGGUGAUCGGCUCAUUGCAACCCUUGCGUUUGACGAGGAAACUGGACUUUCACUCCCUCAUCAGACUCAGUCCACAGAAUAUGGUGAGGUACCCUCUUUUGAAACUUUGACGAGGACAGAAUUUCCCGGUUUCCCCUAUUCUACGCUUUAUCCACAACAGAAUAGCUUAAUGCGCUUUCUCUAUGCUUCACUCGCCUCUUCGAAGUGUAGUAUCAUUGAGAGUCCUACAGGAACAGGUAAAUCAGUCACUCUCCUUACCACCUCUCUGCAUUGGCUUCUCGACCACAACAAGGCUGUUAAUGCCCAUCUCGCCAAACUCCGUGACUAUCUACAGAAAGAGGACAGUCAGUCAGUUGAUGAGACCGACUGGGUAGCGGCACAUUCCCGUAGGCGGGUCCUGCGAAUUCGGGUGAACAAGGAGAUGGAGCCUUUAGAAGCCACCCAGAAGGCUUCAGUGGAGGCCGCCAAACUCAUAAAACAUGCAAACGAGGUUAAAGUAUCACUCAAAUCAUCAAAUUUUGUCCGAUCAUCCAUUGAUAUCACCCGAGAGAACUUUCCUCCUCCUUUUGAAGCAUUGAAUGAGUGGGCUAGAUCAGAGGAUGACUCGUUCCUACCUACUGCAGACACUGACCCCAGCAAAACUUCUGCUGUCUCUGUAGUUGAGGCAACAAACGUAACAUGUCGCGUGGUUCAGGUGAUUUACUGCACUCGAACGCACUCGCAAUUAGCUCAGGUUGUGGAGGAGUUGAACAAGUUAAAGGGUCUUUCGGACCAGGUCACUAUGGUGACUCUGGCUUCACGUCAACACCUCUGCGUAAAUAAGGCUGUGUAUGGACUGAAGGAUCAGACCCUCAUUACUGAGGCUUGCCUGGACCUCGCGGUAAAGAGUCCGGGCUGUAGAUUUCGCUGCAGGAACGAGGUUGGUGUGCUCUCCGACUAUCUUGUGGGUGCUCGGGUCUCAGCCAUCAAGGCUGCAUUGAGGAUCCGCGGAGCGAUGGACCAGGUUGACAUUGAGGAGCUGCCUGCUUGCGCCUGUCCCUACUACGCCAACAAGCGGGGCCUGCCCCUGGCCCAGUUGGUGCUAGCGCCCUACCAGUCGGUAGUGGUGCCGAGCUUACGUGAGGCUGUGGGCCUCUGUCUGCAAAACAACGUGCUCAUUUUUGAUGAGGCACACAACCUGCUUGAGGCCGUGGCUGCCGCCUUCUCUGCCACUGCCUCAUAUGCCGAUUUACUCGCCACCGAGCGCCUCGUCGCCGCCUUCCUGGGUUAUUACCACUCCCGGCUCUCACCCCUCUCCGCCCUGCGACUGCGACAGCUUGCACUGGUCGUCAGGCUCUUCGCCAACUUCCUAGAGGGCAAAGCAGCUCGUAGCAGUGGUUUAUGUGCUCAUUGUGGACGGGACUCGGGAACUGAAAACUGCAAUUCUACUGGUGAGAUUGUCUACACAUUGGGAGACUUCCUCUUCGCUGCAGGGCUAGAUCAUAUCAAUCUGAGCUACCUCGUGGACUACCUACGAAGCGACAGGUGCGUGCACAAGAUCGUUGGGUUCGGGAAGUGGUUCGGUGGGAGAAAAAGGAGCGACAGAGGUAGGAAGGAGGAAAGCGACUGUGCGAAACGAGUGGGAACUGGACUUAGUCUCUCUGAAUGUCUGAAGCAAAUGAAGCGUCUUCCAAACCGUUUGGAGUCGUUCCAGACACCGCCAUCUAAGAUCUCGAAAACAGGGGAAGAUCAGCAGGCGAGCAGUGAAACAGUCGCGACCGCAUCGGCUUCAGCAACUGCGUCGCAGACUCCGGAGGACUUGCAAUCAGCGGGCGCGGGACUUUUUGCGGUGUUGGGCCUCCUCGAGGCGAUGGUGAACAGCGAUCGUGCGGGUGACAAUGAUGGACGCCUUAUCAUCACUCUUCGGGGCACCGCUGCCCCUGCCUCCACUACCAGUAGUUUCACGCCUGGCUUCAUCCGCUUUGUUAUCCUCAACCCUGGCCGAUAUCUACACGAUGCAGUUAAGGAUGCGCGCAGUGUAAUUCUCGUUGGUGGAACUAUGAAACCAUUUGAUGAGUUCAUCGACCAAGUGUUCCGUCCAGCUGGAAAAGUCGAAACUGAUGUUACACUCUUCUCCUGUGGUCAUGUUAUCGAUGCAAAGCGUCAACUCGCCAUUUACACUCCCUCUGUGUCGUUCAAUGACAUUCCGUGGGAUUUCACUUUCAAGAAUCGACACACCCCUCGGUUAAUUGAUGAAUGUGGUGAAUUCCUAGUUGAAGUCUGCAAAAUGAUUCCAGGCGGUGUCGCGGUGUUUUUCCAAUCUUUCGACUACCUGUCGAUGGUGUGGAACCAUUGGAAGGCUACGGGUCUCCUUGCACGCCUCCAGGCCACGAAGGAGGUGUUUAGAGAACCCCGCACCGCGAUAACCCUGGUUGAGGUAAUGCAGGCGUACACGGCUGCGGUCACUGCGCUUAACAAACGCGGCGCCUGCAUUGUCUGUGUGAUUGGCGGUAAACUCUCAGAGGGCAUCAACUUCAACGACGACCUCGCCCGCGGUGUCAUCAUUGUCGGCCUCCCUUAUCCCAACGUCCACUCCGCAUUCGUGCGUUUCUCCCUAACCCAUCUCCUGACAAUCACUGGCGCUAUGGGAUCCGAUAACUCCAUGCGUGAGAAGCUUAACUUCCUGGAGAGGCACUUCGGUGGACGCGAGAGUGGUCGGCGCUUCUGUGAGGCGGUGUGCAUGCGGAUGGUGAAUCAGGCCAUUGGAAGGGCUAUUCGCCACGCGCACGACUAUGCAGUGGUCUUCCUGGUGGAUCAGCGCUUCGCGACCAGUCGGCGUCUACGCCUCCUGCUGCCCCCGUGGGCCCAGGAUGCCCUCAUGUCCGACACCAUCAGUCUCUCCCCCCCUCAACUCGACCUCCUCCACCACCAGCUCCACGAGUUCUUCCAUCGUAACAGCACAAGCUCACAUUGA